AUGCUGCCUCCCGGUAGAUGGCAGCUCCGCCGGGCGCGGAGGCAGCGCGCAGGCAGCGCGGGCGCAUGGAGUGAGGCGGGCGGGGGGCGAGGCCGGCGCGCAGGGCCCGCUCCCACUCCCACGCGUGCCCGCGCCCGCGCGUCGGCUCCCACGGCGGGCGGAGAGGCUGCGCCGCCGCCGCCCCAGGUUUAUGUCGCCAUGCAGCACUAUGGAGUGAAUGGUUACUCCCUUCAUGCUAUGAAUUCACUGAGCGCCAUGUACAACCUUCACCAACAGGCAGCUCAGCAAGCCCAGCACGCCCCCGACUACAGACCCUCGGUGCAUGCCCUCACCCUGGCAGAGAGACUGGCUGACAUUAUUUUGGAGGCACGUUAUGGAUCCCAGCAUCGCAAACAAAGGCGAAGUCGCACAGCCUUCACAGCCCAACAGCUGGAGGCACUGGAGAAGACCUUCCAGAAGACUCACUAUCCAGAUGUGGUGAUGAGAGAGCGGCUGGCUAUGUGCACAAAUCUACCUGAGGCCAGAGUACAGGUUUGGUUCAAAAACCGGAGGGCCAAAUUCCGGAAGAAGCAGCGCAGCCUGCAAAAGGAGCAGCUGCAGAAGCAGAAGGACUGUGAAGGGAGCCACAGCGAGGGCAAGACAGAGGCACCCAUGCUGGAGACCCAGGCCACCACCCCAGAGGCCAAAAAGGCCCAGAGCCUCCCAAGCGAGGCAAGCACAGACCUCAACCUAACCCUGUCGGAGCAGUCAGCCAGCGAGUCAGCGCCCGAGGACCAGACAGACAGAGAGGAGGAGUUCAAGAGCACCUUGGAAGAGGCUAAAGCAGACAAGAGUCCUGGUGUGGACAGCAAGGCUUUGAACUGCAAGAGAGCAAGCCCAAAAGCAGAGUCUCCUAUCAGUGCAACUGUGACGCCUUCAUCCAGCAGUGGCCUGGCUCAGACCCACUCCUACUCCUCUUCGCCCCUGAGCCUCUUCCGCCUGCAGGAGCAAUUUCGCCAGCACAUGGCAGCAACCAACAACUUGGUCCAUUACUCCUCCUUCGAAAUGGGGACACCAUCUGCCAUGCCCUACUUGGGCAUGAACGUCAAUAUGGCGCCGCUGAGCUCUCUGCACUGUCAGUCUUACUACCAGUCACUCUCCCACGCUCAGCAGGUCUGGUCCUCGCCCAUCCUGCAGGCCUCCAGCUCCCUUCCAAGCCUGAACAGUAAAACGACAAGUAUCGAGAACCUCAGGCUCCGGGCAAAGCAGCACGCAGCUUCCCUUGGGCUUGACACCCUACCCAACUGACUGCAAGACAAGCUGCCAUCGCCCACAGGAAGAUGCACUGGAGGUUGGCACUAGAUGUGUCACGCCUUGAACCCCCCAUCCUCAUCUCUUCCUGGAGUAAGGUGCUCCCAUUCAGGGAAAACUUUGCAUUUAGUAACAUCUUAUUAACACCACGAUUGCAUCAGACAUUGCUACGAGCCUGGUCUUCGCUAAAUAUUUAACGAGGAAAGGGGAGAGGAUGUAUAUUUAGACAGAUGAACUGUCCUCUGGACUGCCGUCAGUUAAGCCUGUAAGAUUCAGAAAAAAAACCUCUUUCCUCAACCCCACAAUAAUGUGCCAGCCGUGUUAUAUACACAUUUUUGUUGUUGUUGCGUUCUUUGGGAAAAGAAGGAGUCCUGCUUUACCCUGUAUAUAGUUUAUAAUGUUGAAAGAACCCUUCACCUGUGUGUUACUGUCAGUGUUACAGAUCUGUGACCUCUUUUGCUUUUAUUCCUUCUUUCUCAGUUUGAGUAGCUAGUAUCCAAGUUACAAGUCAGCCAUCGUCCCCACCUCAGCUUGCAGCUA